AUGAGCUCCAGUUGGAGGACGUCGGUAAUCUCGGAGCUAUGGGACUUCGAAGGCUCAAGCACUGAAAUUGACUUCUUCUUCCGACAAUGUUUAAUGGAAAAAAAACAGUCUAAAGAGGAAUAUCAGAGCCUAGCAGCUGAUUUGAUGAAUGCUGCCACCAUGCCAAUACUUCCUGAUAAGAAGCUUUUGAGUUGUUUGAGCACGCUAGUUCGUGCUAAGCUCUUAAGUCAUUCGGACUUAAUAAACACAGUUGUAAAAUUCAAUAACAUUAGUAAAAUAGAAAGUUCUAAAGCUUUAGUUGGGUUAAUCGACUACGAAAGAAAAGAAAUAUCGUGUUCUUUCAACGAUCAAACUGCAUGUGAUAAUUUAAUAAAUUCUUGUUACUCUUUACUCAAAUGGCUUGUAAAUCUACUGAAUGAAUACAUGAAUGAGGAAUGUGAUAAACCAUUCUGCUGUGAAAUCAUCGAUCUUGUUAAUAAUAUAAUUAACGAUAAGUUUUUUUUCCACUCAAUUAAGCUUUCACUCAAUGAUCACGAAGAAAAAUUCAAGAAUGAUAUUUUGAAAGUGGUCGAAGAACUCAAAGAAUCUUUUGAAGAUGAAUAUCCUCAGCUAUUGCAACUUAAUGAUUUCUUACAAGUUUUUCUCAUACCAUUGAAGUUUGAGUCCAAUGACAUCAUAUUGGAGCUGUGCAAGAAGCAGAAUCGCUCGGGUAUCAAAAGCUUGACUGCCAUAUUCAUGACUCAAAGAACACUAACCCCCGUUGUUGAAGUUGCCGAAACGUUCAUAAACUUCUCAUCCAUCUUUGAAUAUACUGAGGAACAAUUACUUUCUGAUUUUUUUCAAGCUGCCGUACUAAUCAUGUUGGAUCAUCAAAAUAGCCGACACGACUUCCGCGUGCUAGGAUUACAGUUCUUUUUCGGUAAAAUUCCAAAAAUCUUGAAGCAUUUCAUCAAACUCGAGUACGUCAGUAAUUCAAUUCUGGAAAAAAGUCUCAAGUACUUGAUAGAAAUGUUCAAUGAGGAACUCGAUCAGUUAGAUACAAUUUUCAAAGAAAAUUUGAUGAGAAGGUUUCUUGAUGGUUUAGGAAUCUUACAUGAUCAGCAAAAACGAGCAUUGAAUGAGCUGAGAGAUGCUCAAAUAAAAGCUAAUGUAGAACUCAAUAAGAGAAUAGUAAUGAAUCCGGAAGAAAACAAGCCUCUCAAUACUAUUCUGAAGGGUAGCGGUUUGCGAGCUUCAGUUGAAAAGAUUUGGGAUUUCAAGGAAAAAUUGGAUAUGAUGGUUCCCAAAUUAUAUGGAACUCAUGGAAUUCUUCUGGAUUCUAUUAUAGGUUCUUAUUGCGCUGGGGGGAAUGUUACAGAGCUUUCUAGGAAACUAGCAUCAUACUGCAAAGAAGCUGAAAAAGAGGUACUAUCUUCUGAACGAGCUCGAUUGUUCGAUGGAUAUUACGUGUGCUUGAUGAGGUUAUCUAUUUUCUACCCCUGCGUGAAAUUGGAAGAGAUUGUGUCAGGAGCUGAUACAAACUCUCCUGAAAAUAAAAAAGGCGUGUUUUAUCGUUGGUGUAAUAACUUUGUCCUACCUAAAAAAGAAGAAAACUCAAAAUCCGCUCAGGACUUUCCUUCGGUUUCCGAUGAUCAGAAGAGGGAGUUCAAAGAAAGAAUUCUUCAUCUGCAGGAUGGUGAACCGUUUUGGAACGAGCAAACACAAACAAGCAGGGAUAUUAUCGAAAUGAUCCCAUUAAUCGGAAGCGUUCUGCUCGAUUUCUGCAGGGACAAGCGUUCAGAAACAGAAUACUUGCACAAUGCCUUUAAAAACGUUGUCUCCUGCUUUCGUCAUGUUGCUUCUUCGAUGAUAUGUUUAUCACAAUGGCUAGAGAAUCAGGAAUCGAAUGACAUUCGAAGAACGAUGGGCAUUUGUGUUUUGCAAGGAAUCGAAGAACAGUAUAAAUGGAUCCCAAAAGAAACAGCCGAGAACUCUAUAUGGCCUGUCAUUCGCAACAUAUGCAAUUACUACUUGAGUGACAUAUGCAAUCCUGUUUUGCCCCAUCCUCUCUCCAUCACAUUGAAAUCCAUAGCUAUCAGAAGUUUCCCAAAUUGUUCACGUUUGCAGGUUCCCGAUCCUAAUAUAUUGAAAGAUGUAUGGCUUUAUGCUCAACGACAGAAUUGGUUUAACCACAAGACUCUAUCUUUGAUAGAUCGUUGUAAUCAAGCUGAAGAUCAUAGGACCUGGAUUAGGUUUUUCAUUAAUUAUUUGAUGAGAUUAAUGGCUCAGGAUGUAAUGGCGAAAGCAUUGGAGUUUAUCUGUGCUAUCCUUUUGCUUGAUCCUAUCAAUUCCAUUCUUAUUAUUCUCGAGCUUCUAUUCGAGUACCUGCUUCAAAUUGAGAAAAGCCCGGACGAAUUAGAAGAAAGUGAUAAAUCAUCUUUCAAAAAGCCUAAAGGUCACGAUCAUGCUGUGGAUGGAUCAGGCAUUCAACAUGAAGCUCCUCAUGUUUUGCCUCUCGUCAAGCUGACGGUUCAGGUUAUGUUAAUAGGAGUAUGGCUAGUGGAUUUCAAAAAAGGUUUUAAUAAAAAAGAAAUAGAAAGUGAACCUGAUAUGAAACGAUUGAAAACUGAAAGCGAUAUGGAAACUAGUAAGAUGUACCAAAAAGAUUUCAAACAAACGACUGCCAUUCAAGGGGAUGCUCAAUUAGAUUUAAUCCUUCCUACAAUUAGAAAAUGCAUCCAACACAUGAACAAGGAAGUUAAACAGGGCAUAUUCACUCCUGCUGUCUCGGCUGUAAUGCACAUUGUGAAAAACAUAGCAGCCUCUUCAAAUAAUAGGUGCAAAGACAUAUUAUUAACACUGAUUCCUCCAGAUUUAGUUUUUCGAAUGGGCCUAGCUGAUCCUUGCUUUGUGCCAUUUGAAAUGUUUCAAACAUUUUGUGAUCCUAAAAACUUUGAACAUUCACAAAAGCGUGUUCGGUUUUUAUGUAUGUUACGGACCGCUGGCGCUUUAUAA